UUGUUCUUCAAUUUCUACAGCCGUCGAGAAUUAUCAGAUCUCAUUCGCGUCAUAAACAUUUUGAAAUCUCAUAACCUCAUUUGCAAAUUCUCAAAAACAGUUUCCAAACUAAACCUCAAAAAUUACGAAUUCUCAGAAAACAGUUUUUCAAAUUAAACCUCAGAACCCCAAAAAUCUCAACAAUGUCGAUGAUUCCAAGUUUCUUCGGCAACCAAAGGACAAAUAUCUUCGACCCAUUCUCAGUAGACAUUUGGGAUUCAUUCCAAGAUUUCCCAUUCUCCGGUUCUUCCUCUUCUGCACUUUCUUUUCCAGCUCGUUCUGAAAUCUCAAAAGAAACAUCACAAUUGGCAAACACUAGAAUCGACUGGAAAGAAACCCCAGAAGCGCAUAUUUUCCGAGCAGAUCUUCCUGGAAUUAAGAAAGAGGAAGUGAAAGUUGAAGUUGAAGAAGGAAGAGUUCUUCAGGUUAGUGGUGAACGAAGUAGAGAGAAAGAAGAGAAGAAUGAUAAAUGGCAUAGGGUUGAACGCAGCAGUGGUAAGUUUUUAAGGAGAUUCAGAUUGCCGGAGAAUGCAAAAGUUGAUGAAGUUAAGGCGUCGUUGGAGAACGGAGUCCUUACUGUGAGUGUUCCCAAAGUUGAAGAGAAGAAGCCUGAAGUCAAGUGUAUCCAGAUUUCUGGUUAAGAGUUACAUUUGGCAGUGAAAUGUGUGUCUCUGCCAUGCUCAAUUCUUGUGUUGGGUUUUAGUGUGGAAUGUGAACAAUAAAGAAUAGGUUCAUAUAAUCCCGUUUGUUGUGAUCUCUUAUUAGUGUCUGUGUGUCCAUCUGUGAGGUCUGUAAUGGUCUGAACUUUCUUUUUUAAUAAAAAUAUAAGCUUGUUUUCUGUCAA